AUGAAACUAGAAAGGGAGAGGGAGGAAGGGAAGGAAGGAGGGAGGGAGGAAGGAAGGAAAGGGAGAGAAGGAGAAAAGGAAGAAGGGAAGGCAGGAAGAAUGAAGGGAGGGAGGGAGGAAGGACGAAAAGAAGGAAGGGAGGGAAGAAGGAAGAAAGGAAGGAAAGAGGGAAAAAGGAAGGGAGAGAUGAAGGAAGGGAACAAGGGGAAGAAAGGAAGGAAAAAAGAAAGGAGGAAAAAAGUAAUGGCGGUAUGGAGGGACGGAAUAAGGAAGAAGAGAAGGAAACUAGAAAGGGAGAGAGGGAGGAAGGGAAGGAAGGAAGGGAAAGAGAGAAGGAUGAAAGGAAGAAGGGAAGGGAGGAAGGAAUAA